GCGGACGCACUCUGAGCGGGAGUUCUGUCAGGCUGCGCCUCGAUCCACACACAGCGUCGAGAGAAUCCACAAAUAUAGAUAUAGAUAUAGAUAUAUAUAUAUCCCGUUUCCGUUUGUUUUUCUUCGCCCAUACCGUAGAGAAAGAGUGAGAGAAGUUGUUCCGCUGAGAUGGUAGAUUAUCACGCGGCGAAUAAUCCAUCGCAGUACUCGGCGCAGCAAAGCUACAUGGAGCAGGAGAACGACUGGGACCGAGACCUGCUGCUCGACCCGGCCUGGGAGAAGCAGCAGAGGAAGACGUUCACGGCAUGGUGUAACUCUCACCUGCGUAAAGCAGGGACUCAGAUCGAGAACAUUGAGGAGGACUUCAGAGACGGACUGAAGCUCAUGCUCCUGCUCGAGGUCAUCUCAGGUGAGAGGUUACCCAAACCCGAGCGAGGGAAGAUGAGAGUGCACAAAAUCAACAACGUCAACAAAGCGCUCGACUUCAUCGCCAGCAAAGGAGUCAAACUGGUGUCUAUUGGAGCUGAGGAAAUUGUUGAUGGGAAUGCGAAGAUGACCCUUGGUAUGAUCUGGACCAUCAUCCUCCGCUUCGCCAUCCAGGACAUCUCAGUGGAGGAGACCUCGGCGAAGGAGGGGUUGUUGUUAUGGUGUCAGAGAAAAACGGCUCCUUACAAAAAUGUCAACGUGCAGAACUUCCACAUCAGCUGGAAGGAUGGUUUGGCCUUUAACGCUCUGAUCCACAGACACAGACCUGAACUGAUCAACUACGACAAACUGCGCAAGGAUGAUCCUGUCACCAACCUGAACAAUGCCUUUGAAGUGGCUGAGAAAUACCUGGACAUUCCCAAGAUGUUGGAUGCAGAAGAUAUCGUCGGCACUCUCAGGCCGGAUGAGAAGGCUAUAAUGACGUACGUCUCCUGCUUCUAUCACGCCUUUUCUGGUGCUCAGAAGGCCGAGACAGCAGCCAAUCGCAUCUGUAAGGUCCUGGCUGUUAAUCAGGAGAACGAGCAGCUGAUGGAGGAUUACGAGAAACUCGCCAGUGAUCUGUUGGAGUGGAUCAGGAGGACGAUCCCGUGGUUGGAGAACAGAGCUCCAGAGAAGACGAUGGUGGAGAUGCAGCAGAAGCUGGAGGACUUCAGAGAUUACCGUCGCGUCCACAAACCACCCAAAGUCCAGGAGAAAUGUCAGCUGGAGAUCAACUUCAACACGCUGCAGACCAAACUGAGGCUCAGCAACCGGCCCGCGUUCAUGCCGUCUGAGGGACGCAUGGUGUCUGAUAUUAAUGGGGCGUGGCAUAACCUGGAGGGGGCGGAGAAAGGCUAUGAGGAGUGGCUACUGAAUGAAAUCCGCCGUCUCGAGAGACUCGACCACCUCGCUGAGAAAUUCCGCCAGAAAGCAGCGAUACAUGAAAGCUGGACCGAUGGUAAGGAGGCCAUGUUGAAUCAGAAGGACUACGAGACGGCGUCUCUGUCUGAGAUUAAAGCUCUGCUGAAGAAACACGAGGCGUUUGAGAGCGACCUCGCCGCUCACCAGGACCGCGUGGAGCAGAUCGCCGCCAUCGCACAGGAGCUCAAUGAGCUGGACUACUAUGACUCUCCGAGUGUGAACGCUCGCUGUCAGAAGAUUUGUGACCAGUGGGACGUGCUGGGAGCGCUAACACAUAACCGCAGGGAGUCACUCGAGAGGACAGAGAAGCAGCUGGAGUCGAUUGAUGAGCUGUAUCUGGAGUACGCGAAGCGAGCAGCUCCGUUUAAUAACUGGAUGGAGGGAGCGAUGGAGGACCUGCAGGAUAUGUUCAUAGUGCACAACAUCGAGGAGAUACAGGGUCUGAUCACAGCCCAUGAGCAGUUUAAGGCGACCCUCCCAGAGGCGAAUAAGGAGCGCGAGGCCAUCCAGGCCAUCCAGGCCGAGGUGCAGAAGAUCGCUCAGUAUAACGGCAUCAAGCUGAGCGGCACCAACCCCUACACCUCCAUCACACCCAACAGCAUCGACAGCAAGUGGGACAAGGUGCAGCAGCUGGUUCCUCAGCGUGAUGUGGCUCUGCAGGAGGAACUCGGCCGUCAGCAAUCUAACGAUCAUCUGAGACGCCAGUUUGCCAACCAGGCCAACAUGGUGGGACCCUGGAUCCAGAACAAGAUGGAGGAGAUCGGGCGGAUAUCGAUCGAGAUGAACGGCACUCUGGAGGAUCAGCUGACUCACCUGCGUCAGUACGAGCAGAAGAUCAUUGAGUACAAACCCAACAUCGAGCAGCUGGAGGGAAAUCACCAGCUCAUCCAGGAGGCGCUCAUCUUCGACAACAAGUACACCGCUUACACCAUGGAGCAUCUGCGUGUGGGAUGGGAGCAGCUCCUCACCACCAUCGCUCGCACCAUCAACGAGAUCGAGAACCAGAUUCUCACCCGCGACGCCAAAGGCAUCAGUCAGGAGCAGCUGCAUGAGUACAGAGCCUCCUUCAACCACUUCGACAAGGACCACAGCGGCGCUUUAGCGGCCGAGGAGU